UUACUGGGUGUCACAAAUGGUUGAGUGCUCAACUACUAGCUGAAAAGUUGACAGUUGGAACCUACCCAUGGGCACAUUGGAAGACAGGACUGACAACUUGCUUCCAAAAAGUCAGCCUUGAAAACCCUAAGGUGCAGUUUCACUCUGCACAAAUGGGGUUGCCAUGAGUCAGGAUUGACUUGACAGCAGGCAUCUAACAAUAAUAACAACACACUGAGUUCAGUGGAAGAACGUAAUGAAAAAUAUUUUUGGUUUCCCAGUGAUUCAUGAAUCCUCAUAUGUCUCUUAGAGCGACUGUUAAGGAAUGAGUCACUCAACAUGCUUGAGUGGAAUUGUCACUUAAACUAGAUUACAUCUGUCUUGAGAAAACUCCUAUGUUCUUACUACGAACUAAUAAGUCUGUUAGCUACGACUUUACAUUUAAAAAUCACAUCAAGCUUAAAAAUAAGACUCAUUUUCCCUAGUCUACAAAUGAGAAAAUCAAUGCCAGGAGAAAAAAUUUUUUUCCAUACUUAGACAAUUUUUAGGUGUUGUGAUCUAGGCAUGAAGUCCUUUAUAUUUCCAUUAUACAAUCCUGGCCAUUGUUCACAUGCUGUAUUCUCCACAGUGAAUUUAUUCAUGAUGGCAUGGGAGAAUCAGACCUUCAAGUCUGACUUCAUCCUUCUGGGAAUCUUCAAUCACAGCCCCACCCACACCUUCCUUUUCUCUCUGGUCCUGGGCAUUUUCACAGUGGCCUUCAUGGGAAAUACCGCCAUGGUUUUCCUGAUCUACUUGGACUCCCAUCUCCACACCCCCAUGUACUUCCUCCUCAGCCAGCUCUCUCUCAUGGACCUCAUGGUUAUCUGUGCUACAGUACCUAAGAUGGCCCUCAACUACUUGUCUGGCAGGAAAUCCAUCUCUGUGUCAGGUUGUGGAACCCAGAUAUUUUUCUAUGCGUCUCUGCUUGGGGCUGAAUGUUUCCUGUUGGCUGUCAUGGCCUAUGACCGCUAUGUUGCCAUUUGUCAUCCAUUAAGAUACCCAAUUCUCAUGAGCCAGAAAAUCUGUGGCCUCAUGGCUGCCUCUUCCUGGAUUCUUGGCUCUUUUGAUGGUAUAAUUGACGUUGCAGUUGUCUUGUCCUUCUCAUAUUGUGGUGCUCGGAAAAUACCCCACUUCUUCUGUGAUGUUCCUGCCCUUCUCACUCUUUCAUGCACUGACACCUCAACAUUUGAAAGGAUGAUAUUUAUCUGCUGUGUAAUCAUGCUUCUCUUCCCUGUAGCAGUCAUCAUUGCUUCCUAUACUCGUGUCCUUCUGGCUGUGAUUAGCAUGGAAUCUGGUGAGGGUCGCCGCAAGGCUUUCACUACAUGUUCCUCCCACCUCAUGGUGGUGGGGAUGUACUAUGGAGCAGCCAUGUUCAUAUACAUGCGGUCCACUUCUGAUCAUUCCCCAACUCAGGACAAGAUGGUAUCAGCCUUCUAUACCAUUCUCACUCCUAUGUUGAACCCCCUCAUUUAUAGCCUCCGCAACAAAGAAGUGACCAGAGCAUUCAUGAAGGUAUUACGGAAGGGCAAGUCUGGACAGUAAGUUGCUUAAUUAUUCAUGCCUAAAUUUAUGAUUCAACUAAUACAAUUUAGUACACAAUAUUUACCUGUCUUUGUAAUAAAAGAUUUAUAGGCAGACACGCAAUUUAGAAUCUAAUAAUCGUUUGCAUACUAGUUUAUUCGUAUAUUUCAUAUUUUUAUGGCAA